AUGGGCUCCCCUUUUCCGUUAGAGACCUUGGCGGGGUACACGUCGCGAACAGUACCCUUCAAAACCACUUCAGAUAUAACCAUCAAUGCCGACGUCGUGUACCCCGAGAAGUCAGAUGGGUCUCCCGCUACCGUCUUGCUGCAUUACCACGGUGGUUUCCUCGUGAGUCCACCGGAUUACAUGAUGUUUCAUACAAUCGUCGGAGAUCGGUAUUCGUUCUUGCCAUACUGGCUUGUACAUGCCUGCGCCGCCCGUGGAUGGGUCUUCGUGACUCCUGACUACCGCUUGAUGCCCGAAUCAACCGCCCAGGCCUCCGUGGAAGACGCUGCAGAUGCCUACAAAUGGGCCUGGUCAUCGCUCCCGGAGAUCUUGGGCCGCCCCGUCGGCUCGCUCUUAGUCGCUGGGUCAAGCGCCGGCGGGUAUUUGGCUCUCAACACAGCAGUCUCGGCCGUUAAGAAGCCCAGCGCACUGCUGCUCAUCUACGGGAUGCUCGAUCCCUCUGGGACUAGAUACACAACUUCCGGGAAGAACAUCUUCGACCGGCCACCAAUUGAGACCGGGCCUAUUUUAGAAACAUGGCCCAUGACCAAGGCUUCGGGUGAAGAUAGGAAGCCUGUGUCAGCUUAUCCGAUAUCAGGCGACCCCGCUGCUGACCGCAGAUUUGCUCUUGCUUCGGCCCUGCACAUCGACGCCCUAUUCCCCGAUUACAUGACUGGCGUCUCCGGCCUUGCUCAACAGAUUGCUGCCCAAGGAGUGACAGCUAUCCCCGAAGAACACCAGCAGCUGUUCCCACUUGACUUUGGCAACUUGAAUGGCCUCCCACCUGUCAUGUUGCUUCACGGUGCGAACGACUCAGCCGUGCCGCUUGACUGUAGCACUAGGGCCGCAGAGAAGCUCGAGGCAUCUGGAGUGCAUGUUUUAGCCGAGUUCCCGCCUGACGCUCAGCACGGUUUUGAUGGAAGGUCGGGCGAUGUUAACGUCGAGACUCCAGCUGGGGAUGUGGUGACUGCUGUAGAGUCUCUGAGGAAGGCGAUUGGUUUUCUCGAACAAAAUGCAGCCAACUAGCUCUACGAGGUAGUCAGCCUCUCGAUCAAUAGAAGCCUGAAGAUGCUUAAGCCAUGCCAAUCUUAGAUUUCCACAUCAGAGUCGGAGUGUGAAAUUCGAGGGGUUGAUACAACUUACCACUUAGUGUCAAAUUGUCAAGCUGGUCUAAAGCUACCUAUGGUUGAGUGCUGGAACGUUGAUGACGAUGUCAUUUCAAGGUACCUAUGCGGGU